UCGCCGGCUCCCCAGCUGCUGUACUUAUUCGCGAGACGCCAGUAGUUGCUGGGGUGCUUGUCACGAAUCGCGGCUUCCCGCUUCUCCUUUCCCACGCACACUCCUGCUCCACCAGCUAUGGAUUUCGUGUUGAGCGGGGUGGCCGCCUGCGGCGCCUGCCUUUUUACGAAUCCAUUGGAAGUGGUGAAAACGCGAAUGCAGCUGCAGGGUGAACUGAGGACACCCGGCUCCUACAAGAUCCACUACCGCAAUGUCUUCCAUGCUUUCUACACCAUUGGCAAGGUGGACGGGCUAGCAGGACUUCAGAAGGGGCUCGUGCCAGGACUCAAUUACCAGUUUGUAGUAAACGGAGUGCGACUGGGCUCCUACGCCAUCCUCGAGUCGGGGGGCUACAUUCAUUCGGAGGGCAGAGUGAGCCCCGUGAAGAGCGUCGCGGCCGGAGCAGUGGCCGGAAUGCUGGGAGCCGUCAUUGGGAGUCCCAUGUACCUGGUGAAGACGCAUCUCCAGAGCCAGUCGACUGCUUCAAUUGCAGUGGGGCACCAAUACCAACACCAGGUAAGUAGAAGGAGACAGCCUGUACACAUAAUGUAUGGCUGUUAAUAUGUGGGCAUGUUGGGCAGACGGAAGUGCUUUCUCUUUAAAGUGGCCAGUUAGGGGUCGCCAAAGCCAUAUAUAUUUUUUUAUUAUUGACCUCAAAGUGCAAAGGUGUUGUUUAUCAGCUUUUAUCUGAAAUUAUAAAAAAGCUGAGCACCAGGAGCCACAGUGUGGAGGUGCCCACCCAGUGCAGCUCGCCUGUUUAUGUGCCGGACGUUGUGUUCAUUUCUUUUGGUGGGUUUUUCACGAGACGCCCAGUAAGUUUGUGUGUGUACGGACUGCCUUUUACUCUCAAUGCGUUUUCAUGAAGUUGUGGACCUAUUCUGGUGAGCUUCAAAGGGUCCUCAACCUGACUGUGAUCAGGGCCGGACUGGGAAGCUUAUUCAGAGAUGACGAAGCAGACCUGAAGUCUACCCCAGGCCAGGCCACACAGUAUUCAUCAGUUUCCUUGUACAGGCACAGACUCAAAAAACUAACAAACACCAUUUUGUCUUGGAAGU